CUCUCUCUCCUUCCAUUCUCCACCCACCCGAGUGUUUUCACGGUCAGUCAGUGUCAACAGCCCAAGCAGGGACAUACGCAUAAAACUGUGCACUUUUUUUCCCCCCUGUAUUUUCUUAUUUGUGAUUUUGUCAUCCUUAUCGUCUUGUCUCAGGAAAACUAUGCUCCACGUGACAGCAGGACGUAUAGCGGGGCUUUUGUCCAGACGCGGAGGGGCUGCAUUCAGCUCCAGCAGCAGCAGGAUGGCCAGUCAUGGGCAUGUUGGGGUGACAGAACAGGCUGAUAUGUCUGUACCCCUGUACUGUGACCGACUGGACACUCCUCUGCCUGAUAGACCAUACAAGGACACCCUCAGUGCUGCAGACGAGAGCCUGAAGCAGAAGGAGAAAGGUCCCUGGAACAGCCUCUCUAAAGAAGAGAAACUUACCUUGUACAGGAUGAUGUUCAAUGAGACAUAUGCUGAGAUGAAGAAACCAACUGGUGAGUGGAAGACUGUGUGGGGCGGCAUCUUUUUCUUCAUUGGGUUAACUGGCCUGGUUGUUCUCUGGCAAACGCAUUAUGUGUAUCCCCCUCAACCUCCAACUUUUGAUGACGAAUGGCAGGCUAUGCAGGUGAAGAGGAUGCUGGACAUGCGGGUGAACCCUGUGGAGGGUUUCUCAGCCAAAUGGGACUAUGAGAAGGGCCAGUGGAAAUAGAUGAAAAGAAAUGCAGCUGAGUGUGACACGUUAAAGCCUUGCUACUUACUGGGCUUUCCCCUUUGUCAGUCUUCAUGCAUUACUAUGCAGUUCUUAUAUGCAACAUUUGAAUAUUAUCCAAUGGGCAACCUCAUAAAAUUUGAGCAAGGGAGAAAACGUCCAAAACAGUGUUUCCUCUUGGCUGACAGAAGUAAAACUUGAAAGAAAACA